AGAGAGGCAGAAGGGCGUUUGUUUCUGAAAAAGACGCGCUGGCACAGAGCAAAGGGAGGGGUUUGAACCUUCACUUAAACAUGGAAGGAGAGCUGAGUUGCAUGUUGAAUGUCUAAAUAACCUUCAAGAGGAAACAUCCGUCAAGGGUUUACCUGCUGGUUGGAGAAGGAAGGACUGAAAAACUGUGUGAUUGGUUUCUCACUGGGACAAGAUCUGCCUUGGAACCUGUACAGCUUCUGCAUUUGAAACCCCGACAACUUGUGAUUGUUAUUGCAUUCGAAGCAUCCGGCAACAGCAGAACCACAAGUACCGCAACUAAGCGGCGGGCUGGUCAAUAUUUUAUAGCUUCUUAAUGGCCGCUGAUAGUUCAUUCUGAUAUACGAUUGAACAUUGAAGUCAUUACCACCUUAUAUCAGAUUUACAUCGGCUCUGCUGCAGCGCUUUUAAUCCAAACUGUAGCUAGAGCAGGUCACAGUUGCCCUCAUUAAGUAUUAAAACAUCUUAACAUCUUAUUGUAGUUCCACACAUACAAACAUCCGACAGAGAGUGACGGCUGACCCUACAGUGUACUCAACGAGCUCUGGAUGGAGGAGCCCAUUUAUGCAACCGGCAUGGCCGCCAAGCUGAGGAGCCAGUGGGAUCGAAAUGAUGGUCUGGGACAGAAUCACAAGGCGGUGAAGUUUCUGGGUCAGGACUACGAGAGUCUGAAGGCCCAGAGCCUCCAGGGUCGGAGGCUGUUCGAGGAUAAUCUGUUCCCUUGCGCCGCGUCGUCUCUGGGAUUCAACGAGCUCGGCCCGAGAUCUUCCAAGACCUCCGGAGUCCGCUGGAUGAGGCCCACGGAGUUUUGCAAGCGCCCCGAGUUCAUCGUAGACGGAGCUACUCGCACAGACAUCUGCCAGGGAGCUCUGGGCGACUGCUGGCUGCUGGCAGCAAUUGCCUCAUUGACCUUAAACGAGAACCUCCUCCACCGAGUGGUUCCUCACGGACAGGGCUUUCAGCAGGGCUACGCUGGCAUCUUUCACUUCCAGUUCUGGCAGUUUGGCGAGUGGGUGGAGGUGGUGAUCGAUGACCGGCUGCCGGUGAAGGAUGGGAAGCUGCUGUUUGUCCACUCGGCGGAGGGGACCGAGUUCUGGAGCGCUCUGCUGGAAAAGGCCUACGCAAAGUUGAGCGGCUGCUAUGAGGCCCUGUCAGGCGGCAGCACCUGCGAGGGCUUCGAGGACUUUACGGGCGGCGUGACGGAGAUGUUCGAGCUGAAGAAAGCCCCCGCCGACCUCUACAGCAUCAUCAGCAGGGCCAUAGAGAGAGGAUCGCUGCUGGGCUGCUCCAUAGACAUCACCAGCACCAAGGACCAGGAGGCCGUCACGUUCAAGAAGCUGGUGAAGGGACACGCCUACUCUGUGACCGCCGUGGACGAGGUGGUGUACAGAGGGAAUAUGACCAAGCUGGUCCGCAUCAGGAACCCGUGGGGGGAAGUGGAGUGGACCGGAGCCUGGAGCGACAACUCCAGAGAGUGGGACAGUGUGGAUCGCUCAGUCAGAGCUCGGCUACAAAACCGCAGCGAGGACGGUGAAUUCUGGAUGUCGUUCAGCGACUUCCUGCGUGAGUUCUCUCGCCUGGAGCUCUGCAACCUGACGGCCGACGCCCUGCAGAACAGCCAGAUGAAGAAGUGGAGCUCCUCGCUGUAUCAGGGCGAGUGGAGGAGGGGCAGCACCGCCGGAGGAUGCAGGAACUUCCCAGCAACCUUUUGGCUGAACCCUCAGUUCAAGCUGGUUCUGCAGCACCCGGACACUCCCGGCCAAUCAGACUGCAGCUUCCUGGUCGGCCUGAUGCAGAAGGACCGCAGGAGGAAACGGCAUGAGGGCAAAGACAUGGAGACCAUCGGGUUCGCCCUCUAUGAGGUUCCAAAGGAGUUUGCGGGCAAAUCGGGCGUCCACCUGAAGCGAGACUUUUUCCUCACCCACGGCUCCAGCGCUCGCUCGGAGCUCUUCAUCAACCUGAGGGAGGUCAGCUCGCGGCUGCAGCUGCCGGCCGGGGAAUACAUCAUCGUGCCCUCCACCUUCGAGCCGCACAAAGAGGCCGACUUUGUCCUCAGAGUUUUCUCCGAGAAGCCCGCCAACUCAGAGGAGCUCGACGAUGACGUCACAGCAGAGCUUCCAACAGAGGUCGAGCUGGACGAGAGCCAGAUCGACCCCGCCUUCAAGAAUCUCUUCAGACAGCUGGCCGGGCCGGACAUGGAGAUCAGCCUCACAGAGCUGCAAACCAUAUUGAACAGGAUCAUCAGCAAACAUAAAGACCUGAAGACCGACGGCUUCACAAAGGAAGCUUGCCGCAGUAUGAUAAGCCUCAUGGACACGGACGGCAGCGGAAAGUUGGGCCUGACGGAGUUCCACGUCCUCUGGGAAAAGGUUAAACGCUACCUGACCAUAUUCAGACAGUUUGACUUGGACAAAUCAGGCACCAUGAGCUCCUACGAGAUGAGGAUGGCUCUUGAAUCUGCAGGUUUCAAGCUGACCAACCAGCUGUUCCAGCUGAUCAUCCUGCGCUACACGGAGGCCGACAUGUCUGUCGACUUCGACAACUUUGUCACCUGUCUGGUCCGACUGGAGACCAUGUUCAAAACCUUUAAGACCAUGGACACGGAUAACGAUGGUUUCAUGUCCCUCAACUUCCAUCAGUGGAUCACUCUGACCAUGUUUGCCUAGAGAUGAGCGGACCCCCUCUGUAAAUGUUGCCCCGCAUCCUGCUGCAGCUCCAGGCCCAGUAUGUGUUGUUUCAGAAGUGCCUUCUUUCUCCAACCUCUCGCUGCUGAGGCCCCCCUGAUGCUACAAGACUGUACAUUUUGUGUAUACGGUGCCUACAUUGUAAACAUGUGCCAAUUCUGUUAUUUGUCACCUGUUUUGCCAACAAGUGGGACGCUCGAUUCUCAUAGCCUGGCGGUCAACUCUGCAGGUCGCAGCUAUACAAACAUUUCUUGGAGGCAGCGAGACUCUGGGAGCAGAAAUAAACUUAUUGGUUCAAUUUCAGUGGGUGGAGACAAAACGUGCAACAAAAAAAAAGGAUUCUGGCCAUAAAAUUUCUUUAAAGGUUAUCUUAGCUGUUGUUCAGCAUGUAUCCACCAGGUUAAAGAAGGCCAAAUCUUAUAUAAUAAGAAAGUAAAUGGAUGGAUUAAGAGUCCAAUAAAUUGAUGAAUUGCCUUAUAAACAAUACAAUAAUAACACAUGAAACGCAUAGAGAAAUUAAGGAGAAACAUAUGUAUUAAUAACGCGUUCAUUCUUUUCCCUAGAAUUUAGCUGACUAUUUUAAGUAGACUUCCUUAGAAGAGGUUAAGUGACUUGAAUAUGAAAACAAGUUUUUCUUCCUAAAAAGUCUGAUUUUGGUUUCCAUAUCAACUGAUGAAGUCAGCAAAGCCAAGCUAACUUUAGUUAACUAGCGCUUAAAAAAAAGUUUUUUUAGCUGUCCACGUUGCACCGAAACUCAACCAAUAUGAAUAUUUUUACUCUAGAAUAAAAACUCCACCCUUUAAAGGUGCAGUGUGGAGGUUGCAACCAACUGAAACUUCCUCCCGUGUGCCAAGCGUUUAGGAGAACUGUGGUGAACGAUGUGAAAACAGGAAUGACCCUUUCUAGAGUCAGGGUUCGGUUUGUCCGUUCUGGGCGGACGGCUCAGUAGUAACCUAAAUGUCUUAUUCUAAGGGGACGAAAAACACAACGAUUCCUAUUUUCAGGCGAUUUUACAUUCAAGAAAACACACUUUAUACUAUUUUAUUCCAUUUCUUCCAUUAGAUCCCAGUAAAUGCUGCACACUGUUCUUUUAAGCAGGUCAACUGGGAAAUUUUAAGUCAAUUAGUGUGGUUUUUAAAUUGUGUUUUAUAGUGAAUUAGCAAUCAACAAUUACUCUACCUAAUAAUGAGCACUAAGGGAUACUUCUGCAUGGGUACAUGGGAAAAUAAUACGUUUUGACAGAUUAUCCAUGAACUCAAUUCAUCUAUACGUGAAAACAAUCCUGUGGCCAGUCCACCAAGAGUUAAUGUACUUGAGGACAAUCUGCAAAAACGCUUCUCUGUGGAAAGGUUUUGAAACCUGCCGUCAGCUUUCACAAUCUCGGUGCCGGACGUACUCUUUAAUGCCAGAAGUUCAGCGCAUACGAAUGUGCCGAAAAAUAUAUAUCUGUACUCUGCCUUUCAUUUGCUGCGCCGCCACUUUUCUGUUUACAAUAUUUGCCAAACUUUUGCUUUCACAUCGGCAUCAAGAGUCCACUCAUGAAGCUUCACUGGGCCCUGCGGUGCGGAGACAAUGGUGUCGUGCUGUAUCAUAGAGAAUGUGUUGAGACUAUUUAGCUUAUCAUUAUGCAUGGCACUUUUUAACUGACUGUUUUUGCUAUCAAGGUUGGACAUGGAUGUCAUAGUGGGUUACAAAAAAAAGGGAUGCAUCAACCUUUUGUAAAGGGGCUUUUCAAGGGGGAACAAGAACACGCCGAUGCUUUAGGUGAAGGUAAACUAUUAUGCAAGAUGGAUGGAUAUGUUGUGAGCAUGCAGUGUGAAAUGUGAUCUGUUGUCUGCCUGCCUGAUUUCUGUUCAUGGGAGCAAGAGUUUUUAAAUGAAGAGUUGUCUUCAAAAUAAGAUCCAAGGAGGAUCCACAUGUGAAGUGUUAUCGUUUUCUUAUCAAAGUGUUUCAAAUGCCAAAAUAGUUUGUUCUGCCAAUUAUUUUAGUUGUUUUUGUAAAUGGAGAAAAUUAAUUUGAAACAUUUAAUCAAAAACGUGACUGCCGAAACCCUUCAAAUUGAAAUAGUAGUCAGACAAUGCCAGCAUUCAUGUCUUCAGUUUUUGCAGCGUAAUGCUUAUGUAACAUUACCAAAUGUUUACAAUGGUCAAGGUCCAGUUGGAUCUAUUUGUCAUGCACUAUUGUAAAACUUCAAUACUUUUCAAAUAAACAUGGCUAUUUCAUGAG